AUGGAGUUGUCGUCCGGAAAGUCACCGAGGACGGUGAAUCGUAAGCUUAUUUAUGGAGAUCAAGGGGUAGGAGGAACAGAUGAUAAGAAAUCGCCGGAGAUUAAAGUGGCAACACAAGAUCGUAAAGAUAAGCCUGUCUCUUGUGAUGUUCAUGAGAAUAACGAAGAAGAAGAAGUUGAGGCCUCAGAAACAUCUAGCGGGUCUAAUCACUCAGAUGAAGGAAGGGGAUCAUUUGCAUUUCCUAUAUUGGGACUUGAGUGGAUGGGAAGCCCUGUUCAGAUGCCUAAACUAGAUGAGUUGUCUCCCAAGAAACAGAAGCCGAUUGCUUUAGGGUUCCAAUGCUGUAGAUUCUGA